GCAUUUCAGAUUAGAAGUUUGCUAUUAUAUUGCAGGUGUGGAUGCUCCAGGGUUAGAAUUUGAUGGCAGAACUUAUUUGCUCCUAACCGUGCACCCGAAGAUCAAUCGUCUUUGGAAAAGUCAGUCUUAAAAUCCCAUACUGGCUAAGAGACCCAUGGAUGUGGCUGAUUGCUCGAUCAGCAAAGCUUGCAUACAUGACAUGAGGAAAGCCAGUUUUACCAUUUUCUUGGUUGCCAUAAUUGACGACGGUUUGGCCUUGAAGGCAAGCUGUUCUCUGUGGUGAUUACCACUUGACCUUUGAAAACUUCUUCAAAUGUGCAUUGCCAAAUCAAAGUGGUUCAUGUUUUGAAAUCUUUAAUGCACUACUAUAAGGUUUGGAUCUAGUUGCUGUUAAAAUUUAAUCCAGUUGCGUACCUAUGUUAGGAAACUUCCAUUUGCAAACGCUUGGCAAACAAUCUACACAUGAAGUUCCAUUCUCUUUCUGCUCAAAAUUGUUUAAAAUAUAUUGAGGUUUACUUUUUUUCACCUUGGUCUGUAGGUAGUAAGUGACAUGUUGUUCGGUAUGUGACACUUGUGUAAAGUGGUUGAAGUGUAGAGUGGCUUCCUUACUAAGUUGUCCUCCUCGGUGCCAAAUUCUGAUUCGGAGAAUUUGCAUUAAGUAGUGUGAUGUCACUUCCUUGGGAUGUCUCAGUGCUUCACAGUUGCUAUCUGAGCAAGUGUGACCACUAAUGCGCGCAAAGACCUACCAGCAGCAAAUCAGUUCAGUGAAUAUUUGAUUUUUCUUUCUGUCCUACUUCAGUGAGCACUUUGGACCAGAUAAUUCUGCUCUUUGAAUAGCAGGAUCUUUGCGUUAGCUGGUAUUUGUGAAUUAAACUGAAACUCCACCUACUAGAACAGGUUGGCGAGGCCUUGGUGUAACAUCUCACCUGGAGACUUGGGCAAUGCCUUCAUAUAUUCAUUUCAUGUUGGAAUUUCUAUUUUCGACUUUCAGGUUUUAUUUCAAAAUCUGAAGGUAAUUCAGCUACUUCACGGAUUUACUAAGUAUCUAGCACUUGAUCAUUCAUGUGAAAUGUAAAGGAAGCCUUUGUGAAUUGAGGUUUUAACCUCACGAAAAAAUGUUUUGCCUUUUCAAUGAAUAAGAUGUUGGAAUGUGUUGUGUAUAAGAUUUGUAUAGCCCUAGGCUGUGAAUGCAGAAAGCAGAACUUGAAAGCUAGAUUUCUGCUUUUGCAGUGUUGGUGAUUUUUGAGACUGCAAUAUCAUUUACAUUUAACUGUAGUGCUCCAUCCAUUUAGUGAAGUUUGUAAUUGGUUUAGCGAUUAGUUUUUGAAGCCAUUAGGAGCAUCUCAGGAAAAAGUAGAACCUGAGCAUAUUUGAAUAUGCAAACAUUGACUAGAAUGUUCCACUGGGAUAUAUAAUGCUUGUGUGAUUUAGCAACAAGCUUGAGAAGGGACAUUUCUGAACUUGAGUAUUCUACUUUUAAUCGUCAUAGUGGUGUUCAGUUGCAAAGAGAGGGUUAUGCAAAAAGGCUUGCCAUUAACACAAAGGGAUAUCCAUCCCAAAGUUUUCUAUUGGCACACAAACAGUAAAAGUAUGAUAAAGGGAAAAGUAGGAUUUCUAACGGGAGAUUGUGUUUAAUUUGGUGGGUUUGUUUCGGAAAGGUGACAUUUAGAUGGUAGUGUUUUUGUGGUGUAUGUGGGCCUCGGAUGCAUUUCGUACAAUGCCGCACAACUUGGAAAGUUGUAGCACAGGAUAGCUAGGAUGGUAGCAACAUUCAUGCAAAACUGGCUGAAGGAUGGGAAGCAAAGAUUGGUUCAUAGAGAUUCCUCUGGCAGGUUUGCAGUGGGGUUCCCCAGGGACCCUUUCUCUUCCUAAUUAUCUAAUAAUGGUCUAGAUUUUGGUGUGUCAGGAACAAUUUCCUAAUCUGUGGAUGAUAAAAUUUGGCUGCACUGUAAAUUGAAGAUAAUGUAAAACUACAAAACCAGUCUUUCUCACAUUGAAUAUCAUUUGGCCAUUCCAGCAACUUGUCAAUGCAGGGCAGUUAGGGAUGUUGAAUUUGGGUAGAAGAGAAGCGUAAAAUGAUGGGCACUGUCCUAAAAGGUGUGCAGGAGCAGAGAUCUCAAGUGUAUAUAUUUGCAUAAACUAAUAAAGGUGGCAGAACAGGUGGAGUGAGCUGUCGCUAAAGUAUCCCAGGCUUUAUUAAUAUGGACUUUUAGAGUACUGGAUCAACAAACUUAUGUUGAACUUUAGGAAUUCCUAGUUAGAUUUCAGUUUGAGGUUUGUGUACAGGUCUGAACACUAUACUUCAUGAAAACGGUGUACACACUGGAGAGUGUGCAGAUUUACUAGAAUGGUUCCAGGGUUGACAAACUUCAGUUAUGAGAAUACAUUGGAAAACUUGGGAUUCUUAUUCUUGGAGAGGGGAAGCCAUAAGUUGGCAUUUGAUAAAGGUUUUCACAAUCAUGAAGGGGAUGGGCUGAGUUGAUGGGGAGAAACUUCACUCAAAAUGAUUAAGAACCAGGAUCACAUAGGUAAUUUGCAAAAGAAGCAAAUGCGAUGAGAAUAAACUUUGCGUACCAAGUAGUGUGUGUCUGGAAUGCACUGCCUGUGUUGGAGGGAGGUUUUAGUUAGAGGAUGCCCUAACAAAGCCAUAAAGGCACAGUCAUAAUGCUUGUUGAGAGCCUCUGCAGGGACAAUGGGCUGAACAGCCUCCUGCAAGGUAAAAAUUCUGUUAAUUGCACAAGCCUGUAACCCAAACUAGGGGCCCUAAUCUAAAAGACGAAGAACUGUGGAUGAUGAAAAUCUGACAUAAAAACACAUUGCUGGAGAAAUUCAGAAAGUUUGUCAUCACAGAGAGAAGGAAGAAUCAAUGUUUCAGAUUCAGUGAUCCAUCUGCAGAGCUUUGGCUCUAACGUAAAUGAUUUUAGGUGAUAGAUCGACUUUGUAGGGGAAGGAGUUUGGGUAAAUCCAUUGAAAAGAAAUACUGUCGGGUGUAGUUGGCUGUCAAUUUUCAGGCUACAACAACUUUAUGAAGUUCAUUUGAGGUUUCUUCCAAUGACCCCUUUUUCAGGCAGUACCUGGCAUGCAGAUUAAUCCAUUUACUUUUACAGCUUUGCUGAAAGCCAGCUAGGUCUUCAGCAUCCCUCAAACAGUCCUUAGUCUACUUGAUUAAUUUUUAAUCUGUUGAAGUGGAGUGAAUGAAAAUAUUAAAUUGAAAACAAGGUAUUCCUACUCCGGUGAUGAAGCUCAGCCUCCAUUAAAACCAUUUAUUCGUUGUAUUGUCUGAACUGAGAUGAGAAAAAAAGUAACUGCCAUUGGAAUGAUUUUAGAACUAAGUGCUAAGGUUAUUUCCCCUGCUGCUUUGUUCUUGGCUGCAAAGGUAGAGGAACAGCCACGUAAACUUGAGCAUGUCAUAAAAGUGGUGCAUGCCUGCUUGAAUCCUCAAGAACAGCCACUAGAUGUUAAGAGUGAUGCAUACCUUCAACAAGCCCAAGAUCUGGUCAUACUUGAAAGUAUUAUUCUGCAAACCUUGGGUUUUGAGAUUACUAUAGAACACCCUCAUACUGAUGUGGUGAAAUGUACCCAGUUAGUGAGAGCAAGCAAGGAUUUGGCACAGACAUCCUAUUUCAUGGCUACCAACAGUUUGCAUCUGACAACAUUUUGCUUGCAGUACAAACCUACCGUGAUAGCGUGUGUGUGUAUACAUCUGGCUUGCAAGUGGUCCAACUGGGAAAUACCUGUAUCCACAGAUGGAAAACAUUGGUGGGAAUAUGUGGAUCCAUCUGUAACUCUGGAAUUACUUGAUGAGUUAACGCAUGAAUUUCUGCAAAUACUGGAGAAAACUCCAAGCAGAUUGAAGAGGAUACGAAACUGGCGGGCUAAUCAGGCUGCAAAGAAACCAAAAGUAGAUGGUCAGAUAGCUGAUAAUGUUCUUCCUGGUUCAUCUGGGCCCCAUGAAUCUACGUGUUCUGUUGGUGGUGAUCCUGCUUCGAGUACAAAUUUUCCUAAAUCAAAUUCCACAACUGCUCUACCUGCAUCAUUGAACUCUGGUGGUAUUUCAAUGCCUGCACAUGUCCCUGAGAUGAUGGCUACUACUUCAUUCAGUUCUACCUCCCAGCAAGAGUGGCCUCAGCAUCCACACCAGAACAUGGAGCAAGUUCAUUCUCAUAAACAAGAUCUGUCAGCACCUGUCAACAAAAAUGAUGUGAUCUGCGCUCAGCAGUCAACUUCUGGACAGUUAGCUCAAAGCCAUCAUCGAUCUGAAAAGGUUUCAGGGCACUCAUCUAGUAAACAUGAACAUCUUAAAUCUGGUAACGGCAAACAUCAUGGAUUCCCCCUUCCAUCUGUACCAGCUCCUCAAAAAUUAGCUUUGGACAGAUACAGGGAAAAAUUUGCUGCAGAACUUGCAGUACAGAAACGCAAACUAGAAACACUGGAGUCUGAUGUGAAAGAACAAUAUGCUUCUGCUGCUCAAGCCCUGGUAGAACAACAGAAAAAACGUGCACCAGCGCAGCAGCAAAUUCAGCAUAAUAGUAAUUCUGUGACUUCACCAAUUAAAAUGAAAAUCCCUAUUUCAUCAGAAAAAUCAGAAAGACAUGCAGCUGAUAAAAAGGAAAAGGGUUUGCUUAAAUUGAGGAUACCUAUCCCACCGACAGAAAAGGCUUCUAAGGAUGAGCUAAAAAUGAAAAUUAAAGUCCCCUCGUCUGAAAGACACAGCUCCUCAGAUGAGGGCAGUGGUAAGAGCAAGCACACCAGUCCACAUGCAAACAAGGAUCAUAAGGAAAAACGGAAGGACCAUUCUUCUCACCAUCACCACCAUAGCAGCCACAAGCAUUCGCAUAGUAGCAGCAGUAGUGGGAGUAGUAGACAUGGUAUCGAUGGAUCGAAAGGAGGAGCUUUGCGGAGUCCCGUGGGUCUGAGCGGUGAUGGCAGCUCCACUGGCUCCAGCUCUUCACGCAAGAGGGCGCACGCCAGUGAUACCUCUCACAACCACCAUCCCAAAAUGAGCAAAACCUCCAAGACUGCAGGUACUUCAUCUAGCUCUUCUUCCUCUUCCUCUUCUUCUUCCUCCUCUGUGAAGCAGUAUAUAUACCCUUACAACUUAAUUCUUAACCUUCCCUCCUCCCCUCCUCCCACUGUCACAUACCAGGUGGGCUAUGGACAACUCAGCACCCUCAUGAAACUGGAUAGGAAACCUACAGAGGCCAACGGUCACAACGCCAAUCCAGAAUACAAUGCAAACAGUCAGCACAUGGACUACAAAGAUACUUACGAUAUGCUGGAGUCACUCUUAAGUGCCCAAGGAGUGAACAUGUAGCCGUCAUUCGAAGCCUGUGUUUGAAGUUGGAAUUCUCCCUCUUAAUUCAGCUGUGACAAAAGUCAUUGCUGCCACUGCUUCCAUUAGAUCUGAGCGCUGCUUCCCCAUUCUCCACUUUGAUAAGGAGAUUAGCGUAAGCAUAAUCAGAGGUGAAUGUUGAAAGGGUUGUGCUCUACAUAGUAUUAUUACAAAACUGUAACUUCUAGCAUGAAAUGUGCAUAUU